GCUGUGACUCGACUCGAGCGUUUCCGCCGCCGCCUCCAAACAAAUCCUCCCUCCCUCCCGCUCCUUCUCCUCCUUGUUGCUCUUCGCUUCUCUCUUUUUCUUCUGGGAUUUGAGAUCCCAAAUCCGCCCGCGCAUCCAAACCCUAGCUCUCCCUCCUCCCCUUCCGCAGCUGGAGCUGGAUGGCCUCUCAGGACCGCCUCCCUGCACCGCGCAAGAGGGACAAGCCGCCGCCGCCGCCGACGGAAGACCUCGUCACCUACAAGCGCCGCCGCUUCAAAGAAAGACCGCCUUUGGCACCCAUGGCAGCCGGUGCCUAUCCGAGCAAAGACGGCCAAGAACAUUGGAUUAGCUGGAGGGACACUCUCCAUGCCUUCCUGCAAUCCCCCGGUAUAAGCCAGGGUGGUGGAAUUCAGACCUGCAUCCAUGAUGCACUCGUGUACAAUGGCUGCCAGCCCGUCUGGCACCUCAACAAUGGUGUUACCCACACUCCCUUAAAAGGUAACCUAGGUAAUAAUCACCAAGGAGAAGACAAAGUGGUCGCCAUGGAUUUGGCUGUACAAGAUGCAGCGGCCACACCGUGUUCCGAAGCCAACAAAGCAAUGUGUAACAAUGCCCUCUUCGACAUUCUUGUCUCGCACAAGUUUGCCAUGUUGUGCCAUUUGCUAGUUGGGACUUUCCAUGUGGAAAAACCUGUUGAGGUCAUUGACUUGGAAAAAAUUGAUGCCAAGAUGAGGGGUGGAGAUUAUGCCCAAAACCCUUCGCUAUUUGACGAUGAUAUCCAGCAGAUAUGGGAGAAGUUUGAGCAAGUUGGCCGAGAGAUGACAGGUCUAGCGACCAACCUUGCAACUAUAUCAAGAGUAUCAUAUCAAAAGCAGGCUUCUGGAUUUUCUGAAGCUGAGGUGGCUGAGCACAGAAUAGAGGAAACAAGUUUGGCUGGUGCGGCCCACUUUGUCACAAAGGAGUCAACUACCAGCGUGCAGUUGGCCCCAUGUGAUUCUAGUCAUUCUACAAUACCAAAACGAACCAUGCCACCUGGGCGCCGUGAUUUCUGCCCUUGUGAUGGUUGUGGAACCAAGGUAGAUGGUGAAGAAGGCCUAAUAUGUGAUUUGUGUGACACCAUGUACCACUUUGCAUGUGUCAAGCUACUCAAUCCUGAUAUUAAGCAAAUACCAGAAAACUGGCAUUGUUCAACAUGCAGCUUAAAGAAAAAUGAAUUGGCUUCGGAUACCACAAAUAAUAUUGGCAAUGACUUCUUGCAUGGUGGUAACUGUGCUUUGUGUGACCAGCUUGAGCUGGUGAAGCCAGAAGAAGAUCCCAAGCUUCCCAGCAAAAUUGAAUUACCUGAAGAAAGAGAGGGGAGCUCAGUCUCAAGCAUGGGGGAAGACAAUGAACCAGAUCUCUCGACAACUGCCCUGUCGUACUUGUGCAAACACUGUGGCACAUGUGAAGAUGAUGACAAGAGAUUCAUGGUAUGCGGUCAUCCUUACUGCGUUUACAAGUUCUAUCAUAUCCGGUGCCUGAAAACAAGCCAGCUUGCAAUUGAGCAACAAAAAAAGCUAGGUUGCUGGUACUGCCCAUCUUGUCUCUGCAGAGGGUGCUUCCAAGACAAGGAUGAUGACCAGAUAGUCAUGUGUGAUGGCUGUGAUGAAGGUUAUCACAUAUAUUGCAUGAGACCAGCACGCAAUACUAUCCCCAAAGGUAAGUGGUAUUGUACAUUUUGCAAAAUGCGCAGGGCAAAGGAAGGAAUGCAUAAGUAUGAGGAUUCUGUACUGAAAGUACAUGGAAACAGUAAGCAUGCCUCUAAUGUCAAUCAGUCGAAGGAUUCUGAAGGUGAUGGUACUGAAAAAUGAUUAUCACAAUAGCUUUGUGGAUUAGCAUCUGAGAUUCUGCUUGGACAAGCGCAGGAAAAGAUAUUCUUUGGGCCCUUUGGAGGGCUUUACACCGACUUUGAUACUUGAAUCAGUUGUGUAGUUUAUUUAAUUAACUGCAGUUGACUUCUACAGGAAGAACUCUUACCUGGUGAA